GUGAAAAAUUUCUCUGGCCUUUGGCAUGAGUGAUAUACGGCUUAAUUCAUCCAAAUUGGGGACACAGGAAUACUGGAACACAUUUUAUGAACGAGAAAUCGGCAACUUUGAACAUAAUGAAGACGAUACAGGAGAGUGUUGGUUCGAUGAUUCCGAUGCAGAACUGAAGAUGAUUGAGUUUUUGAUCCAGAAGAUCAAUGACGGCGAGCUUCCACGCCAUUAUGAUACUUUAAACAUCAUAGACUUGGGAACCGGCAACGGCCAUUUGUUGUUUCAGAUGUAUGAUGACUUUGAGCAAGAGUUAGACGUGCAAGUCGAUUACAACUUCAAGGGCAUCGACUACUCUGCCGAGUCAGUGGACUUCUCAAACAAGAUCAAAUCCAAGAAGUAUGAAGACCAAAGGUUUGAAUUUGAACAAGUGGACUUGUUGAAGAAACAAAGCGACUUUUUGGAUGCAAAUCGAGAAAAGUACGAUAUACUUUUGGACAAAGGGACUUUGGAUGCUAUUGCACUCAACCAAGAACCUGUGGAAGACCUUGAUGGGAAAAUAGGCAUGGAUGUGUAUGGGUCACAGGUGGAGAAGCUAAUGCACAGGGACUCAAUACUUUUGAUAACGUCGUGUAACUUCACUGAAGAAGAGUUGGUGAAGAUUAUUACUAAAGAGACUGAGUUGAAGGUGUGGGAUAAGAUCACGUACCCGGUUUUUGAGUUCGGAGGAGUCAAAGGUUCGACCAUUUGUAGCAUAGCAUUCAUUAAAGAGUAGCAUAGAUUGUAUAGACUCAAGAGUACAAUGAGAUGUAUAUUAUAUUUAGUACUACAAGUGUAGCACAGUUGUAUUUACCGACUUUAUAAGUAUACAAGUAGCGAGCAGUAAAUAGUACAAGGAGUCUGUGUUCGACUUCUCUUCGCUUUGGGCUCUACUUCUCCAUCUGGUCCUUUAAAUUCUCAAUCUUCUCCACCAAGUCAUCUCGAAGUCCCUCGUUAGAAAACUUCAACAAAUACUGCACUGGCUGCCCACACUCAUUAACCGCAUUGAACCGAAAGAACUUUCCAGGUGUCAAGCUGGCCUCUAGCCCCUUGUGAGUUUCGGUAUUCUUGGUGAUCUUGGAGUUUAAUAUCACUCGCAAUAACCCGUGCGACCUCAUCACCAACCUCACCUGUGUAGGAUCUUUGAUCGACUGGUUCAAAUGUAUCUGGCCCAACCCACGUUCUUUCCACCCGUCCUUCAUAUGUUCAAAGUCGAGUUCAAACAACUUACAAAGUGAGUUGAAAUGUGACUUUUCAUCUUCCUCACCCGUGGUGUUUUUGACGGGCUCCAAGUCCACUUGUUUGUACUGCUGAGAAGGCUGGCCAUCCUGAGGUUCUUCUUCUGAGUCUUUUUGUGGCUCCUCGUCUAAAAACGAUUUCUUUGCAGUAGAGUUGCGGAAUGCAUUGGAAAAUUUGGUGUUGGCACCGAACGAAGAGGCCAGGCCCGCAUUGACAGAAGCCGAAGACGGUAAGUCGGCAAAGACGUUCUUUCUUUCCGCCAUUUUGUUCAACACAGAAGCGUUGCCGAAUGACGUGGUAGCUCCAAACACAUGUUUACCAGGAGUGGAGUUGGUAGAGCCAUCAGACUUGUCCUUUGGAGUAUCUGUGACUCGGUUUUCGUCGGCUAACGAAGUUGUGGGGGUAGCGACAGCGGGCUUGAAGUCGAACAGGGUUCCGCCAAAUGUGUGUUUUGGUUUGGAUAGUUCUGGGGUUCCAUUCUCAGAAACUCGAUUCAACACCGGAGGUUUCGAGACAGCGCCAAAGGUGGGGGCGGUGGCCACUGUGGAUGUGUCACGUGGUGGCAAUGGGGGCGGGUUUGGUUUGAUGAGCAGGUUGUAUUUGUUUUUCAAGUCGUUUAGUUCACUGUGUAUGGCGGCGAACUUGUCUUCAAAAGAUGCUAGAAGUUCGGCUUUUAUCAGCUGUUUCAACGACUCCAAGUCAUCUGUGGAAGUCGAUAAGCCAGGCUCCGGCUUUAACCGCUUAGUAUCACCGUCUCCGGUAUCAAGGCUCCUUUUGGUGCCAGUAUGGGUUUCCAGAGACAUUUGUAUUGAC